AUGUCGUCGGCCAUGCUAAGGAUUGUGAUUGCCCUACUCUUCUUCACAUUGGUUCUGCAAAACUCUAAUGGGGCAGACUGGUGUGUGGCUAGACCGGAUGCCCCAGAGGCUGAAUUACAGAAAGGGAUGGAUUAUGCAUGCCAAUUUGGUCAAACCUGCUCCCAUAUACGACCUGGUGAAAGUUGCUACUUACCGAACACUGUAAAGGAUCAUGCUUCUUAUGCCUACAACAGCUACUACCAGACUCACAAGUUUGGGCCUGGGGGCGGUAAAGCUUGCUACUUCAAUGGUACUGGCAUGUACGUUUAUUCCGAUCCAAAACCGAACGGUAUUGAACCUGAAAAGUUAUCAGUUUACAGUUCACUGGGAAGAACAAUGUCAGCUACCAUGAUCAAGAUGGUGUUAGCUCUGCUAUUUGUCACAUUGGUUAGAUCAGAUGGGAAAGAAUGGUGCAUAGCUAAUUCCACUUGCCCCGACCCGGUGCUGCAACAUGGCCUUAAUUGGGCUUGUGCAAAUGGAGCCGACUGCGACAAAACCCUACUUGGUCAACCUUGCUUCUUACCGAACUCCCUAAAGGACCAUGCCUCUUAUGCCUACAACAGCUACUAUAAGAAGUUCAAGACCCAAGGGGCAACUUGCAACUUUGCUUAA